UUUACCUGGCUCUUCUACUGACCUACUCAGUCAGUGAGUAGUCCUAGCCAUCCAGUUUUGGUCCACCUAUGAUAAUUUUGUUGGGUUCGACAGGCACGAUUUUUACAGCUCAUUUUUGCAUUGUGUGUUAUUAUUGUAGGGUGCCGAAUGUGUGACUGCGGGUGUGUCCGGCGUACCAACUCAACUGUGAAAAAUCUUGAGCAGACACGGUUUAUAGAUGGCGUGAGCCAGCCUAGACUCUGCCUUGGGUGCUUGCGGCAGACUUAACAUUCACAAGCUGAGCAGUGUGAUAAUUAUUAAGACUAUUGAAAGAAUGUUGAAAGAAGCCUACUGAACUCGGCUUUUUUUUCCUGUAUUUGGCCAUGAAUUCGCCACUGGGAUCGCCGCCUAUGCCGCUCUUUAGUCCCGCUUGGAUCAAGUGGGCUGCCAGUGUUCCCGUAGCAGCGACUCAGAAAGAUCCCGAACAUCGUUCGCAAUAUGCCGAAGACGACUGCUUCUCCAGCCUACCUUAUGACUUGGUGAUGAAGCUGUUUGUCAACUAUCUCCAUCCGUGCGAUCUUGUCAACAUAAUGUGUCUGAACUACAGCAGCUAUAAAAGGUUCCAGGACGAAAACAUGUGGAAGUCCCUCUGUGCCAGGCAACUCAAGUGCAAAGCGCGAAAGGUGGACGUGCCUUACCGCUACAAGCAUUGUGAAUCAGUGGGUGCCUGUAGCUCUUCCGUGAAGAAGCGUGAGCUGUCAACGAUGGACAGCUUUGAGGUGAUUCAAAUGUCACCGAUGUCCUAUCGGGACCUGUACACCAAAUUGUUGUUUCCGUUUCGCGGAUUGUUUAACCGCGUUUUGCGGGCUUCCUCGGAAUCGACGCCCUGGGGCCUAAUUUUGACCGUUGAGUAUCGGGAUGGUAUUGUUUACGGUCGGCAGUGGAUGUUGCCUGAAGAUGCCGCCAACCACAUGAUUCCCGUGGCGGAUUUCUCUGUUUAUGUUGAUGGUGCCACCGAUCGCGUGGAAAUUGUUAAUCAUCUAGUGCGCUCCAGGAUUUGUCGUGAUGUCACACAACUCCGUCUGAUGAUAUUCACCGAUCAGUUCACGAUGUCUGAGCAUCAAAAGCCGCUGUGUUUUCAGUUUCGGCGGGGAAUUGGGGAAAGUUAUACUGGAUGGAAUGCUGAGUUGGACGAUGAAUUCGCAUCAUGCCGUAAAUCCUGCGGUUGGUCAUGGCCAGAGGACCAGUUUUUCGUCCCGGAGCGCGGUUUUUACAAAACGAAGAUGAAAUGGAUGGAUUUACUAAGGCAUGAUUUGAGUUAUCAUCGAUUUUAUCCUGAUUCUUUGGGGCUGCAGCCAUCGAAUCUUCAAGGAGUUGGUGUCAUCUAUGGAUAUUUUAAGGCUAACCUGAAAGGGCGAGGUACUCAGUUGUUCAAGGUGUUUUCACCGACCCGGGGGGAUUCAGUUGAUGGCGUGAAGGUCACUGGAGAUAGUGCUCGCUCGUGUGAAAUGGUCGCGUUUUGGUUCAGCUUUCGAAAUGGUAUUAUCGUGCCUCCUGAUCAGUUGCAAGCAGUCCAUCAGCCUCCUGAAAGCAAGUGGAAGCAGCUCAAAAGCAAAACUCGUUCAAUUACGGGCGCUGUAAAGCAGGAAUUUAAACUGCCAGUGGAGAUGCAUCCACAUAUCGCAUUUGAUUUGUUCAAAGUCCCGAAGUACUGUUUGGGGCGAUUUACCGGGAAGUGGCAUCCUUACGAUCUUAAUCAACGCGCGGCGCUGCAGCCGGAAUCCACGAAACCUACCAACGCGCAGUUGGUUGUGUUCAGUGCCAGCAGUUUCUUGAUUUUGUGGUAUCAUCCUUCUCCUGGAGCUAUCCUUUUCGAAAAAAUCCAGAGCGAUGAUCCAUUCUUCUCCUUUGUUCAGUGAUGCUCUUGUUGGUGUUUGGUAACCGUUUUUCAAUUUUCCAGUUACUAAUUACGUUACGCUUUGGUUGCCGAACGGAACCCGGGUUGGGUUGCUUGUUUUUGUUCUGUUUGUUACUUACUUUUGUUCUUUCUUUACUUAUAGCUGCAUGGUAUAUAAUUUUAUGGAUUUUAUUUUUCGGAAUCUUUUAAUCUUUGAUUAAUUUUGAUCUUCAGAGAAAACUAUUUUGUUGUAGCAGUUCUGGGAUUGUUAGGCUGUACGCAAGUGACGAUUUUUAUUAAAUA